AGAAUGUCCACGGAUGGUGGCUUCGGCACAGCCGGCAAUAGCGAUGCCCAGCAAAGCCUCCAGUCCUUCUGGCCACGAGUCAUGGAGGAGAUACGCAAUCUCACAGUGAAAGACUUCAGAGUUCAAGAACUCCCUCUGGCUCGUAUUAAGAAGAUAAUGAAGCUAGAUGAAGAUGUGAAGAUGAUCAGUGCAGAAGCUCCUGUGUUGUUCGCCAAGGCAGCUCAGAUAUUCAUAACAGAAUUGACUUUGCGAGCAUGGAUACACACAGAAGAUAACAAGCGCAGGACUCUGCAGAGGAAUGACAUUGCCAUGGCAAUUACAAAGUUUGAUCAAUUUGACUUCCUUAUUGAUAUUGUUCCAAGAGAUGAACUGAAGCCUCCAAAGCGGCAGGAAGAGGUGCGCCAGGCUGUGACCCCAGCUGAGCCCGUACAGUAUUAUUUCACGCUUGCUCAGCAGCCUGCUGCAGUGCAGGUUCAGGGGCAACAGCAAGGACAACAGACCACCACGUCCACAACUACUAUCCAGCCAGGACAGAUCAUCAUCGCCCAGCCUCAGCAAGGGCAGAGCACCCCUGUGACGAUGCAGGUUGGAGAAGGUCAGCAGGUACAGAUAGUGCAGGCCCAGCCGCAAGGACAGACCCAGCAGGCUCAGAGUGGAACUGGGCAGACCAUGCAAGUCAUGCAGCAGAUCAUCACCAAUACAGGAGAAAUCCAGCAAAUACCGGUUCAGUUGAAUGCUGGCCAGCUGCAGUAUAUCCGCUUAGCCCAACCCGUGUCAGGCACGCAGGUAGUCCAGGGGCAGAUCCAGACGCUUGCAACCAAUGCACAGCAGAUAACGCAGACAGAAGUCCAGCAAGGACAGCAGCAGUUCAGCCAGUUCACGGACGGACAGCAACUUUAUCAGAUCCAGCAAGUGACCAUGCCUGCAGGCCAGGACAUCACCCAGCCCAUGUUCAUUCAGUCCACCAACCAAACCUCAGACGGCCAAGCCACACAAGUGACAGGGGACUGACCGGGGACGUCGUAGCAAGUCGUCUCUGUGUGGAAACCAACACGUACCAGCUUGACGUUCGCCGUACCAACCUGGUCUGAUGAAUACAUCUGCUUCUGUGUAUCUGUACUUGAUAUUAAGCCUAUAGUAGGCUGCAAUCUCCGGUGCACUAUACACCUUCCUCUGGUGGGUAUGAGAGCAUAUCCAACAGACACUGACAAGAAUGCAAUAUUUUUAUUUUUAUUUUUAGAAAUCAAUAUUUCAGUGUAUUCAGCUGCUUGUUCAAACCAAUAGAACUGAAAGAGAACUAAUCAGAAGGAACUUGUAGCAUCUCAUUGAGCAACGUGUAAAACGUUUUUAUCUAGUAAAAUUAUUAAAGGGUACUGCAUCUGGUUUGUUGCAAGAGCUUUAUUCCUGGUAUUCUGUUUGUAAUUUUUUUUUCUUUCUCUGAAUAGAGCUAGAUUCAGUCCUCCCAUCUCAAUGGUUUAUUAGGGGUGUAUGGGGGGAGCGCGUGUGCGUGUGUGUUAGAUUUUCCUCUCCUGC